AUGAGUGCCCACGCACUUGCCAUCGACGUUUUCAAGUGGCUGACACUCGGCACGACGCUAAUGCUUCGAGUUUCGCUGCUUCCAGACUUCCGACGAAUGCACAAGAACCACAGCACGGGCGACAUGUCGGUGAUGCCGUGUCUCCUUCUCUUCACGAAUUGCUACGCCGUCAUGUUCUACGCUAUCGCUAUCGACAACAUUCUGCCGCUGUUGGCAGUGUCGAUACUGGGGAUCGUCACGGGGGUCUUCUUCAACUACUUCUUCUACCGCUGGGCAGUGGACAAACGCGGCGUCGUUAACGCCUUCAUCGGAUCUCUCAUUGUGUGUGUUCUCGUGACAACAUACAGUGUGCUCGCGCUAACGGGAUACACGGGGCAAUCGGACGCGUCCACCAGCACGACUUUGGGCUUCAUUACCAUCGGAACGACUCUCGGUCUCUACGUGUCGCCAAUGGCUACGUUUGCGCGGGUGCUCAAGACCAAAACUGCAUCGUCAAUGCCCUUCACGAUGGAGGUCGUGAAUGUCUUCAACAGCUUCUGCUGGGGGACCUACGCCGCUCUGAUUGACAACUGGGACCAAACAUCGCGGGGUUUAUACUGGGCUGCACACAGUUGGUGCUGA